CCAGCUCAUCAUGGACUCCGAGUACGUCCUAUGCUCUUGGAAAGGCCGACUAUGGCCAGCAAAGGUUUUGUGCACACGUGGGACUUCACCAAAAACGAAGCCCGAAAAGGCGAUUUCUCUAGAAGUUCAAAUCCUCCCAGUAGAUGAAAAAGUCAAGGUGAAAAGCACAGACGUGAAGACCCCAACUAAGUUUGAAAUGGAAGACAUUGCCGCCUCUGCAGCGGCACAGACGAAGCUCGGUGCCCCACUCAGAGAGAAGAUGGGGUACAGAGGAACCCUUCAGGUGGCCCUGGAGAUUCUGAAAGAGAGAACAAAUCUGGCUGGAGGAAGGAAACCACAUGAACUAGAGAGCACCACGCCCUCUCAGCUUUCUCCAAAGGUGCCUGAAAAGCCAGCCAGUUCUGUCCCUCGUGAAGAUGAUUGGAGAUGCAAAGGCGACUUAAGGAGGAGUCUUGGGAAGAGGGAAAACCCAAGAUCACCGACGGUCCCUUCAGAGAGUAAGCGUGCCCUGCGGGAUGACAGGUCACAGGAGCCCACAGCCAUUGCCCCUACUCCAGGCACCCUGCCCGGGGACAGGUCAGGGGCGCCCAGGGCCAUUGCCCCUACUCCAGGAGCCACGCUCAGUGGCAGGUCACAGGCACGCAGGGCCAUUGCCCAUACUCCAAGUGCCCUGCGAGGUUACAGGUCUUGGGUGCACAGGGCCAUUGCCCCUACCCCAGGCUGCCUGGACAGUGACAGGUCACAGGCGCACAGGGCCAUUGCCCCUGCUCGAGGCACCAAGCGUGGUGGUAGGUCACGGGCAUGCAGGUCCAUUGCCCCUAAACCAGGCUCCCUGUGCAAGGACAGGUCACAGGCGAGCAGGGCCAUUGACCCUACUUUAGGCGCCAGGCGCGGUGGCAGGUCACGGGCUUGCAGAGCCAUUGCCCUUACUCCAGGUGUCCUGCGUGGUGUCAGGUCACGGGUGCCAAGGGACAUUGCCCCUACUCCAGGCGCCCUGCGAGGUUACAAGUCAUGGGUGUGCAGGGCCAUUGCCCCUACUCCGGGUGCCCUGCGUGAAGACAGGUCAGCAGCACGCACGGCCAUUGCCCCUACUCCAGGUGCCCUUCACAGGGACAGGUCACGGGCCCGCAGCGCCAUUACUUCUAUUCCAGGGACCCUGCGGGGAAACACGUCAUCUGCGUGCAAGGCCAUUGCCCCUACUCCAGGCGCCCUGCGAGGUUACAAGUCAUGAGUGCGCAGGGCCAUUGCACCUAACCCAGGCGCCCGGCGCGGUUACAGGCCAACGGCAGGCACCGCCAUUGCACCUAAUCCGGGCGCCCUGGGCGGGAACAUGUCAGCGGCUCGCACGGCCAUUGCCCCUACUCCAGGCGCCCUGCGAGGUUACAGGUCAUGGGCGCGCAGGGCCAUCGCCCCUACUCCAGGCACUCUGUGCAGUUACAGGUCACGGGCACGCACGACCAUUGCCCCUACUGCAGGCGCCCUGUGAGGUUACAAACCACGGUCCCGCAGGGCCAUCGCCUCCACUCCAGGCACCCUGCGUGGUGAAAAGUCACGUGGGCACACCAGCCUUGCCCCCACCCCAGGUGCUUUGCGAGGUGACAGUUCACGAGCACGCAGGGCCGUUGUCCCUACUACAUGCGCAUUGUGCGAGUUAGGGUCACGGGUGGGCAUAGGCAUUGCCCCUACUGCAGACACCCUGCGUGGUGACAGGUCACUGGUGCGCAGGGCCAUUGCUCCUACUCCAGGUGCCUUGCACUGUGACAGGUCACGAAAACGCACGGCCAUUGGUUCUACUCCAGGAGCCCUGCCCGGUGACAGAUCAGGGGCCAGCAGGGCUACUGCCCCUGCUCCAGGCGCCUUGUGCAGUGAAAGGUCCCACGCACGCAGGAGCAUUGCCCCUACUCCAUGUUUACUGUGCGGGGACAGGUCACGGGUGGGUAUGGGCAUUGCACCUACUCCAGGCGCCCUGCUUGGUGGCAAAUCAAGGAAAUGCAGGGCCAUUGCUAUUACUCCCGGCGCCCUGCAUGGUGGCAGGUCACAGAAACGCAGGGCCAUUGCUCCUACUCCAGAGGCCCUGCACGGUGACGGGUCACGGACUUAUAUGGCCAUUGCUCCUACUCCAGGUGCCCUGCACGGUGACAGCUCACCAGCGCACACGUCCAUUAUUCAUUCUCCAGGCGCCCUGCAUGGUGACAGGUCACCAGCGCACACGGCCUUUCCUUCUACUCCAGGCACCCUGCAUGGUGACGGCUCUCAGGCACACAUGGCCAUUGCUCCUACUCCAGGCACGAUGCACGGUGACAGCUCAACAGCGUGCACGGCCAUUGCCCCAUCUCCAGGGGCCCUGCGAGGUGGCAGGUCAUGGAAAUGCAAGGCCACUGCUUCUACUCCAGGUGCCCUGCACGUUGAGAGGUCACCAGCACUCAGGGCCAUUAUUCCAACUCCAGGCACCCUGGGCCGUGACAGCUCACCAGGGCGCACGUCCAUUAUUCCUUCUCCAGGUGCCCUGCAUGGUGACAGGUCACCAGCGCACACGGCCAUUGCUUCUACUCCGGGCGCCCUGCACGGUGACAGCUCUCAGGCGCACACGGCCAUUGCCCCUACUCCAGGCAUCAUGCGCGGUGACAGCUCAACAGCUCGCAUGGCCAUUGCCCCAUCUGCAGGGGCCCUGAGAGGUGACAGGUCAUGGAAACGCAAGGCCAUUGCUUCUACUCCAGGUGCCCUGCGUGGUAACAGGUCUGACAGGUCACGGAAACGCAAGGCCAUUGCUCCUACUCCAGGCGCCCUGGGUGAUGACAGCUCAACGGCCAUUGCCCCUACUCCAGGGACCCUGCGAGGUGACAGUUCGCCAGCAAACACGGCCAUUGCUUCUACUCCAGGCACCCUGCGCAGUGACACCUCUCAGACACACAAGGCCAUUGCUCCUACUCCAGGUGACCUGGGCGGUGACAGCUCAUCAGCGCACAGGGCCAUCGCUCCUUCUCCAGGUGCCCUGCAUGGUGACAGGUCACCAGCACACACGGCCAUUGCUUCUACUCCAGGAGCCCUGCAUGGUGACGGCUCCCAGGUGCACACGACCAUUGCUCCUACUGCAGGCGCCCUGCGCAAUGACAAGUCAUGGAAACGCAAGGCCAUUGCUCCCACUCCAGGCACCCUGCACUGUGACAGCUCACGAACGUGCACCGCCUUUGCUCCUACUCCAGGCGCCCUGCAUGCUGACAGGUCACCAGCGCACCAGGCCGUUACUCCUACUUCAGGCGUCCUGCACUGUGACAGCUCAAGAGAAAGCAGGGCCGUUGCUCCUAUUCUAGGCGCCCUGCACCGUGUCGGCUCUCAGGCACACAAGGCUAUUGCUUCUAAUCCAGGCUCUCUGCGCAGUGACAGCUCACCAUUUCACACAGCCAUUGCACCUAUGCCAGGGGCCCUGCGGGGUACCAGGUCACGGAAACGCAAAGCCAUUUCUCAGACUCCAGGCACCCUGCGUGGUGACAGCUCAGGAGAACGCACGGCCAUUGCUCCUAGUCCAGGCGCCCUGCACGGUGACAGGUCACAGACACAUAUGGCCAUCGAUCCUACUCCAAGCGUCCUGCGCUGUGACGGCUCACCAGCGUGCAUGGCCAUUGCUCCUACUCCAGGUGCCCUGGGCAGGGACAGGUCACGGGCGCUCAUGGCCAUUGCUCCUACUCCAGUUGGAAUGCAAGCACAUGUGUUGCAAAGCCCCCGAGCCUGCCAGGAUUCCCUGACACUUUCGCGGCAUGUUUGUGAGAAAAAGGGGAAGAAAAGGGCAAACGCCUCAACUCUUAUGUCCCUGCCUCCCGCAGUAACGGAGGAGGGUGCAUCUCGGCCCCCAGGUCUCACCAGGCCUGCGCCCCCCGCUCUGAAGGAAGAGACACUGGACGACCGCCCGAAGAAAACCCUGACUGCUUCCCCGGAAUGUUCUCCCUUCUCGGGGAGCAUUCAGGACCCUGGAGAGGGUGCCUGGAAGCCAGGCUGGGCAGGUAUGGCCGCAUCCUCUGUGUCCCGUCAGCACAGGCUGCCUUCUUCACUCCGGCUUGCCAAUAGAAAAAGGAAGCGUCCAGGUCCAGAUUUUCAGAGGAGACCUCAAGGACCUCAGACGCCUGGUGACGCUAAGCUUGCUAAUCCUGUCACCACCGUUCAAAGGGCUGACGGUAAACAGGAUGGGCAGCCCGCCAGCCUUGCUUUUCCACAGGAGCCACGUCCCAUUGAAAGGGGAACCAUGGUCUGGUUCAAAUUUCAAGAUCAUCCGUUUUGGCCAGCAGUGGUCAAGAGUGUCAGCAACACAGACAAGACCGCGAGGGUGCUCCUGCUUGAGGCCAACCUGCAGCACGGAAAGCAGGGCAUUCGAGUUCCUCUUCGAAGGCUGAAGCACCUGGAUUGUAAGGAGAAAGAGAAACUGCUGAAGAGAGCCCAGAAGGCCUACAAGCAAAGCGUCAACUGGUGCUUCUCACUGAUUUCCCACUACAGAGAAGGACUGGUCCGGGGUUCUUUCCAGGGCUCUUUCCUGGACUAUUAUGCCGCAGACAUCAGCUACCCAAUCAGGAGAGCCAUCCAAGAGGGAGACCUGCAGAUUGACUUUCCAAAGGUGAAUUAUGGCGACCUGGAAGACUGGGAGGAGGAGACCUCCCUGGGCGGGAAGAGGCCUUGCAGGAAAAUCCUCCCGGACCGGAUGAGGGCCGCUCGGGACCGAGGCAACCAGAAGCUGGUGGACUUCAUCGUGAAGAGAAAGGGGGCCGACCCCCACCUUCUGGACAUCUUGCAAGGCAGGAAGCAGUCCAGGUGGCUGACCGAGUUUCUGAAGCCACGCAAGGACUUGCGCUGCAUUGAAACAUACCUGGAGGAUGACGAUCAAUUGGAAGUCGUGGCCAAGCAUUUACAAGAAAUCUACAAGCAAAUUGACAAGACCAUGCUGACUCUGAUAAGGGAUGACAAAGUCAAUUUUGUGCUGGAAGUUCUUCUGCCGGAAGCCAUGAUUUGUGCCAUCGCCGCGCUUGAUGGGCUGGAUUACAAGGCAGCAGAGGAGAAGUAUCUGCGAGGACCACCUGUGCAUUACCGGGAGAAAGAGCUGUUUGACAGAAAUAUCUUAAAGAAGGCAAGAAGGGAACCAGCAACCACGCGUAAAGCUAAUUAGCUCCCCCCUCCCCACUCCCUCCCGCACCCAUACCUUUGCAGGGAGCUGCCUCCUUUCUAGAAUUAAUGAGAAAGCCUCCUCCCUUCCCCAACGCGUGUAAGUAUGUUCUGGAUAUUCGAGACUUUGGGAACGUGAGGAAUUCAUUUGGGGCCCAUCUCUCGCAUGUGGUGGUGGCACAUUCGUCACCAUGUCUUCAUCGCAAACUCGUGAAGAGCUAUUUUGUUAAACGAUUGCAAACCCUUGCGAUUCCCUCAGCGCCUUUGGAUGUGUAGUUGUCCCGAUAGGUUUGAAAGACAAGAGCAUUGAUUUUCAUAACAUGUCUUUUGACUGGACUUGGUACUUUCAUUUAGGACCUAUAUCCUUUUACACAAAAAGCCACUGGUAUCAGCUUUUAAACAACAAUAAUUUUUAAAGCCUAAUGUAUAUUUUUAUGGAAACAUCGGUGAGACUUUU